CUCUGCCAGAUGGAUGACCAGUCACGUGGAACUCUCCCACCACAUGUUUUCCCAUUGAUGGUUGUACAUUUUCUUCAGCAACACAACCCUCCAGUCUUGCCAGUUUUACAUAGCUUGCACCCAAAACCUGACGGGGAUGUUUAUUUACGUCCAUCAAAACUUGGUGAUAAGUGGCAGUGCCAAAAUACUCAGAGUGUGGGUAGGCUAUGGCUUGACAUGUUCCGUUUCUAUACCAUUGGCUUCAAGAUGACAGACCUUGUCAUCAAUGUGAGACAGCUGCAGCCCAUGCCCAGAGCAGAGAAAACAUGGAGUAAAAAGAUAACUGUGGAAGAUCCAUUUUUACAGAAGAGAAACCUUACACGGACUGUGAGUGGAAACCCUGUGUUCGAGUACAUCACAGACAGGUUUAAAACGACCUACAAAUACUUUUCCAUUCCUCAACUCUCCUUUGGGCCUCUCUUUAACCACAUCAUUGUCAAGGAGGCCCAGAGUGUGAAUGGGUCCAAGGUGCCGAGUGGCCCUGGCCAGAAGAACAAAAAGGGCGAGUUACUCCUGGAGUCGAUAGAAAGAGCAGGUCAGUCCCUUAGUGAAGGAUCGUCAGAGUGCGAAAUGGAGAGAACAGAGGAUGACAUGGAUGUCACCAUAGAGGGUGAGGACGAAGAGGAUGAUGAGGAUACAGGGGGGAACAAUUCUACCUAUGAGAUCGACCUCGGCAAUCUUACCGUUGAAGACACAGAGGAUGAGCCUGUGAGUACAAUCAGCACUAAUGGGGUGGCUCCACAGGAUGAACCACCCCUAAUACUGGAGGAGGUUACAGCACCUGUGCCGUUGGUGACACCUACACAGGCUGCCAAGCUCAUGGCUCAGGUGCAAGAUAGUCACAUUUCUGUCAACUUCAGGUUCGAGGAAAAGAUCUUUACAAAUGGCCAGAAACCUCCACUGAUUUGUGGAUCAUGCCAGAAGGAAGGCCACUGCAAGGCAGACUGCCGGGAAGAUGAGCUUCCCCCACUUGUGCGCCUGCCACCCAUGAACAACCACUUCAUUAACCAGCUCACAGCGAUCUUUGAGCAACUUACGAAGGACUUUGAGCCCUCUGUUGAGGAAAUUGAAGAACGUGACCGCAUUGUUUCUGAUCUUGAGGCCUACAUCAAGCAGUCCUUCAGUGGUGUUCAGCUGAAGUUGUUUGGCUCAUCUGCCAAUGGCUUUGGUUUCCAGCGCUCUGACUUGGACAUCUGCCUCACCUUCAAGGGGAAUCCAGAGGGAAAGGACAUAGAUCACAUCCAGAUAAUUGAAGCUUUGGCAGACAAGUUGAAGAGAUACCGCCAGUGUAACCAUGUGUUUGCAAUCACAACAGCCAAAGUUCCCAUUGUGAAGUUUGCCAUUCGUCGUGCCUGCCUUGAGGGGGACCUCUCUCUCUACAAUACUCUUGCAUUGCAAAAUACGAAGCUCUUAGCAACCUAUGCAAAUAUUGAUCAUAGGGUGAAGUGCCUUGGAUAUGCAAUGAAGUAUUUUGCUAAGUUGUGUGACAUUGGUGAUGCUUCAAGGGGAUCCUUGUCCUCCUAUGCGUACAUCCUGAUGGUGCUUCACUUCCUCCAGCAGGUCAAGCCUCCUGUCAUCCCAGUGUUGCAGGAACUGUAUGACCACUCAAAGGCAGCACCAGAAUACAUGAUUGAUGGUUGGAAUGCCUGGUUCUUUAGAGAAGCUAAAGGCAAGACAUUGGCCCAAAACUGGAAAGAUUAUGGGAAGAACCGUGACUCAGUGGGGCAACUGUGGGUCUCGAUGCUGAGAUACUAUACGGAGACAUUUAACUGGAAGGAGCAUGUGGUGACGAUCCGCCAGUAUGCUCCUUUGACCCGCUUACAAAAGCUGUGGAAUUCAAGGUGCAUUGCCAUCGAAGACCCCUUCGACCUCAGUCACAAUUUGGGGGCAGGCCUAUCUAGGAAGAUGAAUACAUUCAUCAUGAAAGCACUUAUUAGAGGGAGAGAGAUAUUUGGCACUCCAAUUUCUACAACUCCCCCGGGCUACAGAGACCUUGUUGACUACCUCUUUGACGCCAAGCACUUCACAGAUGGUGCCCCACCCAACGACCGUGGCUGUCGCUUCUGUGGCAAGAUUGGGCAUGUGCAGAAGGACUGCCCCAAGAAAAAGCUUACGAUGGAGCGACGGGAGAAAAAGGAGCGGCAGAAGGGACGGAGGGAGAUGCGUAAGGUGGUUGAGGAGGAGAAGCCAGAGACACCUGAGUUCCACCCAGCUGAGGAUGCCAAGGCGAUGCCCCAGAACACCCAGGAGGCAGCAGGAGGAACAGAGAAGACGGAAACAGGGUCUGGAAGAGGUGGUGGAGGAGGAGCAGCAGGAGGGACAGGAGGUGGAGGAGGAGGGGGACAAGGAGGGGGAGGAGGCAAUCUCCACGUGGCUUCAAAGGCACUUGAAGAUGUCGCAACUGCCUAUCCUGCGAAGCAGACAACUGCCUCAAAAGAGAACCUCCCACACACACCAGCCUGCAGCACAGCAAAAUCCACGUAUAAUAGCAAGCCCAAUGCGGCUCCGAGCAAUGGCAGUUCAAAGUCUGUGAGUGGCAAAGAGUCUGGGCUAGAGAGCUGCCGGCCAGGAGAGCCCACGGGGAACACUUCCAAGGCCGACACAAAAUGUGCCUCCACAACUCUGAGCAACCUAGUUAUGAGUGAUGCAGCCAUCAUUGGAGGAUCAUCCGGAAACAAAGCGGGAAAUGGCAUGAUCCCCAACCUUGGGUCUGGGGAGUGGGCGAGUGGGAAGGGCCGGGGGGCCACACCAGAGGAGAAGUUCAGUGGCAUAGGAGCUCCACCUGGAUUCCACCACCUUGGGCACAAAAGUCAAGGACGCCCCAUCCUGGAACAGAUCAACCAAGGGCUGGGGGGACUUGGCAGUCAAGGAUCAGGACAUGCUAACCCAAUGGCCAAGAGCCAGGGACAGAAGGCAGGGGUUCCAGGAGGGCAGAAUCUCCCCUCUAACACCAUGCAACAGCAUCAGCAUCAUGGUAAGAAUCAACCACAGCUUCCUCACCAGCAGGCACAACAGUCUCAACAGCAACCACAAAAGCAGCAGCAACCUCCACAGAAACAGGUACAACAGUCGCAGCAGAAGCAACAGCCAGGGCAACAGCAACCACAGCAACAACAGCAGAAUUACUGGGAGAGUUGGAUUAACAAUGCACCACCUCAGUCGGUCCAGACAACUUCCAAGCAGGCUGGGCAGCAGAAACAGAGUCAGGGCAUCCCUGCACCUGCAGUAGCAGCUGCAACUUCCUCCCAUAGCCAGGCCACGACCUCCCAAUGCCAGCAGCCACAGCAGCAACAGUACUACUAUAGUAUAAGCCCUGCAGCAUUAUUUCAUAUGGCAAGUCAAGCAGCAGCAGGAGGGCAGGUCAGUGCAGUGUUGAUGCCCAAUACGAGUGAGAGUAGCACCAGCAGAACGCCUGGCAUGUCCGUAUCCACAGCAACUUCGGCAGGCAAUGGAGGUACCCAGAACACUGGGGGUAGUGCAGCCCCACCACCAGGAUUCUCUGCUCCGCUUCCUGUCAAUUUCCAGAAUCAGCAGCAAGUUGAUGGCAUAACAUACAACAAAAUGAUGAUGGGCUCUCACCUGUACAGAAGUCCAUCUCAGUCGGAGGGGCAGCCUGUGAUACCAAACUCUCAGUCAUACAUCACCCCUGUUGCUCAGUCCCUGAGUGCUCCUGUUGCUGGAGUGUAUGCAGUCCAACAGGGGUCAGGGGGUGGCCAGUUCACAAACAUGGCACCCCAGGUAGCCGCACACACUCCACAUGGUUUCAGUGAGUCGAACCUGAACCAGCAGCAGGUCCCCUUUGACACCCGACACUUCCUCUCACAGCAGGUGGCACAGGGUCUUCAUCAAGGCCUGCCUCAGGGAGUAUCACAGGGUGUUCCCCAGGGGGUCCCUCAAGGGGUACCCCAAGGAGUUCCCCAGGGAGUCCCUCAAGGUCUCCAGGGGGCUCCACCACCACCACCUCCUGGACUAGCCUCUUCUGUACCUCAAGGCCUUAGUCAGAAUGUGCCACAAGGUGUGCCUCAAGGAUUACAUCAGAACAUGUCAGCCGGAGUGCCACAGGUCAGCAUGGGCUCAGCACUCUCAGGAGGCAUGCAACCCAUGCCGAUGGGGCAUCACCUGCAGCAGCACCAUUACCCCCAGCCUGGCUUUCCUCAGCAGGGCUAUCAG